GGAACGGGGGAUAUGGGUCUGGGGAGUGUGGAGGGUCCCUCCAGUGCUCUGGUGCGGGUUAAAGUAACUUACAUUCUCCCAUUCUCUCUUCGAUACACCUUGGAAACUUCAGGAGGCCGGUCAGAAACACCGCAAGAUGACCAAGGAGGCACACGACGAGCAGAAUGUCGAGCACAGCGAACCCACGCAACUCCAUGCUCUGACGGCCGAGCAUCGGGAGUACCUCCUGCAGCGCCAUGGCACCUUGGAUCUCGAGCCAGUGCCGGACAUGACCGACACUGAUCCGUACAACUGGCCAAAGAGCAAGAAAAUCCUAAACCUCGCCAUGAUCGCCUUCCACGCCAUGAUGGGCACCUUCACGGCGGCCGCCGUGCAGUCCGUGUUUGCCGAGAUCGCCGCCGACCUCGACGUCCCGAUCCACCAGGCGUCGUACAUGCUGUCGCUCCAGAUCGCCGUCCUCGGCGGUGCCCCCCUCUUCUGGCGGCCGCUCUCGCAGCGCUACGGCCGGCGGCCCGUCUUCCUGCUCUCCCUCCUCUGCAGCCUGGUCGGCAACAUCGGGUGCGCCGUCAGCCCGUCGUACGGCACCAUGGGCCUGUGCAGAGCCAUCACGGCCUUCUUCAUCUCCCCCGCCCUGGCCAUCGGGAGCGGCGUCGUCACUGAGACCUUCUUCAAAAAGGAGAGGGCCAGGUACAUGGGGAUAUGGACCAUGAUGGUGACGCUGGGCGUGCCGAUGGCGCCGUUCAUCCUCGGGUUCGCCGCCGUCCGCGUCGGGUACCGCUGGAUCUACUGGAUCCUCGCCAUCUUCAUCCUGUAUUUCCUCCUCGGCCGUGAAACCCUUUACCUCCGCCACCCGACCCCAUCCACGAUUCCUCCAACCACCAAAUCAUCCCCCCCCCACAACCUCCUGUCCUUCAGCCGCAUCGACCCGACUCCCCUCAAGGCGUGGGACUUCGUCCAACCCCUAACCUUUGCCGCCCGCCCCUGCGUGCUCAUCCCGACGGUCGGCUACGCGAUGGUGUUCCUCUGGGGCAACAUCAUGAUGUCGGUCGAGACGGGCUCGCUGUUCCCGGAGCGGUUCGGGUUCGACCCGCAGCAAGUCGGCCUGCAAAACAUCAGCAUCAUCGUCGGCUCGCUCGUCGGCGAGCAGAUCGGCGGCUUCCUGAGCGACUGGUGGAUGUGGCGGCGCCACAGCAAGGCGGCCGGUGGCAGUGGCAGCAGCGGCAGCGGCAGCAGCGGAAGCGACAGCGAUACCCAAGAAGGCGAGAACACCCCGGUGCCGCAGCCCGAGUUCCGGCUAUGGCUGAGCCACCCGGGCUACCUGCUCGCAAUCUGCGGCGUGGUGGUCUACCUCGUGCAGGUCGAGCGCGCGGGGACGACAUGGAACGUCACGCCGCUCGUGGGCACGGGCAUCGCGGCGGCGGGCAACCAGAUCGUCACGACGGUCGCCACCACGUACGCCGUGGACUGCUACCGCGAGGACGCGGCUGGUGUGGGUGUGUUCAUCAACUUUGUCCGGCAGACGUGGGGGUUCAUCGGGCCGUUUUGGUUCCCGCACAUGAUCGAGCGGGUUGGGUUCGGGGCCUCGGCGGGGAUUGCGGCGGGGAUGAUUAUCCGUGUCUUGGACCAGUAG